AUGGAAUCUCUGCCUCAAUGGGGAGGCCUUCCUCGUUUGGCCGUCUGUUGGCCUGACUGUGAUGCAAAAACUGUACAUGUGACAUUUGCUUCAUCUGAUUGGAGUCUGCCUGGGAUCGAACUUAAUCGUCAACCAGAUGGUGAAUUCUUGCUCUUCUUGGGAGAAUAUAAACAUGCUGGUAAAAUUUACUUCAAGUUCAUCAUCGAUGGCACCCUGUGGAAAGUGAACCCUCAAUUCCCCGUGGUCACCGAUGAACUUGGAAUCGACAACAACUGCUGGGCACCAGAAGAGGCCACUGAGUACCAUGAUUCCUGUGAGAAGCGUCUCCGCAGAAAGCUUACUCUUAUGAAUAUCAAUCGAGAGGCUCUUUGUGAAUUUGCACUUUCUAUUCAUGGAAGUGUUGAUGGUUAUGGACGUCAGAUCGAGUGCGUCAUUGAUGAGAAUGGCCCUACUCGUACUUGCUCGACUCUCUCUAUGUCAGGCUCAUGGAGUGAGAUUGUGUUCUUACGUUUUCAACCUGUUAAGGGUGGGGUUUAUUUAUCAUCGCCCGAUGAUAAAUCUUUGGAAGAACUCGAAGAAGGCAACAGCUGUCCUGCUCGUGAAAUGGCUGGUGGAAUCUUAGACAAGAUCUACGUGAACGAAAAAGAAGAAGAGGAAGAAAUCUGGGUAGCUAAGUUUCCAACAGACUUCAAUCACAAGAUGCUCCCCUAUAAACCUCUCAAGACUUACAAUCAUUCUGAAAGAGAGUUAUUAAUGGAAAGUGAAUGUGCUACCCUACGUUUUCUCAACCAACAUACAAGGGUUCCGGCACCUCAGAUAUAUGCCUAUGAUGUACGCUAUACGCUAGUAUCAGGGGGUGAAACCGAAAUAAAAAUUGAAUCGCCAGAUCUACAGAGCAAUAGCUGGAAACCUAUUACUGGAAAUAGGAUUGGGUGGCCAUUCAUCCUAUUGGGGGAUCUUGGGGGUACUCCCUCUUGGUUGCCGUUGGACAAUUUCUUGAAGGAGCCCCUGCUCCCGAAUGACCCGAGCGACUCAAGAUUGAUGACCUGGAAACAGGUUAUGAUGUAUCGGAUGGAAUUGGCUGAACAUCCAUUAUCUGCAUGCGGAUACUUGACGCUUAAUACGUUCUUUUGGCAAGUCAAGAAGGGACCCAACUCUCGUAAAAUCAGGACAACUAAGGCGGAAUUUGGCAUCCGUCCCUGCAUUUAUGAUAGAUGCAAACCAUUCACUCACUCAAUCGUGGCAGCCUUUAAUGUUCCACCAGGAGACAGGCACUUCCCACCGAUUAGCUCGAUCAGGUCUCUUGACUCAAUCACUGCAUACUAUCGUCAUCUUCUCAAUCACGGUUUUGUGCGUGGGAUCGACGAGUUCGUAGCUCUUUGGCAAAUGAAGGCUAUGCUGUACGAGCUAUUUAGUUCACGUUACGAGUAUGGCCCUUUUAUUCUUCAAUAUCCUGACAUAUCUCGGCAUAAUAUCAUAGUUUCGGGGCACCUUUUCGAUUGGGAACGUACAAAAGCGAUGCCAAUUCAAACUGCUAUUUGCCCCCCGAGGAUGUGUUUUUUUUCUGAUUGGUACGAGUCUGGGCCCAUUGAAGUUCUCGCAAGAUACAAGGCUGAAUGCCCUGAUAUCAUGAAACUCCUAGCUGUGACUCAUGCCAACGAUGACCAGCCAAAUAUUCUAGGCGGUGUGCGUUUUUGCACCAAAGAAAGAUUUCUAUCAAUAAUUUCGGAGGAAAAGUUACUAUUUCCAAUAGUUCUCCUUGAGGAGACUUGUAAGGAUCAUCCGGCUUUGAUUGGAAAGAUCGCUCUUAAGAAUCUUCCAAUGAUGUUUCUAUCUGUUAGAGGAUAUGAAUGGGAGUCCGUCAAAGAGGCCUCGAUGCAAAAAGGGGCCUUACGGUUUGUUUUACAAGACUGGGUGGAGGAACAGCGAGUAUCUAAGUCUUUCUAG